UUGCAAUGGCGCAAGUGGCCAAGCAGAAUGGCUACUGCCGACCUGAGUUGAUUGACAGUGAGGAUCAGCUGAUCGAGAUUGUCGACGGCAGACAUCCGUUGCAAGAGAUGUACGUGGACAACUUCAUCUGCAACGACACAUCGUCAAGUAGAGAGGCCGGCCUUGUCAAGAUCAUCAUGGGGCCCAACAGUAGUGGCAAAAGUGUCUAUCUCAAACAGGUUGCUUUGAUAGCUUACCUGGCUCACACAGGCAGUUUUGUGCCGGCCACCUCAGCUCGCAUCGGCAUACUCGACCAGAUCCACACUCGCAUACAAACAACCGAAUCAGUCUCAACGCAGUUGUCCGCUUUCCUCAUCGACAUAAGACAGAUGACACUGUCGAUAUUCAACUCGACCAUCGCUCGCUGCUGGUCGUAGACGAAUUCGGCCGAGGACACGGCUGAACUGGACGCCUGGCGAUGGCGGCCGCCUUUGUCCGCCAUUU